UCUGCGCAGACUCAGUGCACUUUUCCUCGGCAGUGGCUACAUAAUGGGGUUGAAAAUGCAGCUAAUGCUAGGCGCGUUUUUGUUUCUGAAUACUUGCUGCAGUUUUGUCUCUGCGCUAUACUUUCACAUCGGUGAGACGGAAAAGAAAUGCUUUAUUGAAGAAAUUCCAGACGUAACCAUGAUAAUCGGAAACUAUCGAACACAGCUGUAUGACAAGCAGUCAGAAUCUUACAUGCCUGCCACACCAGGACUCGGGAUGUUUGUGGAAGUUAAAGACCCUGAUGAUAAGGUGAUCCUGUCUCGUCAGUAUGGAUCAGAAGGCCGGUUCACCUUCACCUCCCACACACCUGGUGAACACCAGAUCUGUUUGCACUCUAACUCCUCCAAAUUUUCACUGUUUGCCGGUGGAAUGCUUCGAGUUCAUCUGGACAUCCAAGUAGGCGAGCAUGUGAAUAACUAUGCAGAGAUAGCUGCGAAAGACAAGCUGACCGAGCUGCAGCUGAGGGUCCGCCAGCUGGUGGAGCAGGUUGAUCAGAUCCAGAAGGCGCAGAACUAUCAGAGAUACCGUGAAGAGCGCUUCAGGCAGACCAGCGAGAGCACCAAUCAGAGAGUCCUGUGGUGGACAAUUGUCCAGACCCUGAUCCUGGUGGCUAUCAGUUUCUGGCAAAUGAGACAUCAUCUGGCAGAUGAGACAUACAAAUUUUGUACAAAUGACAACCAUGAUAUCAUCUCUAUGAAAAUGUACCAGCUGAUGGUUGAACACACUCCUGAGGAGGACAGUCAAGUCUGGACUAAGAUUGUGCCUAGCGUCAGUUUGCUCAAGUCUCCCAAAGACAAUGUUGACGAUCCAACUGGCAAUUUCCGGAGUACACCUCUUACCGGCUGGAAGGUCUUCCUGCUUCUCUUGUGUGCUCUUCUUGGGAGUGUUUGUGCUGUUGUGGGAGCAGUGGUCUUUCAGAAAUGGCAAGAGAGGAACAGGAGAUUUUACUAGACAUCAGUCAUUACAGGACAAUUUUUUGAACUCUAUGAAUGUGAAUGGGCAAGGGUUUUGUUUUUUGUUUGUUUUUGUUUUUUUAAGCAGUUGGACAAAUGUUAAAGUGAACAAUUAAAAGAUGAGGGUGAUGGAAAACAGCAGUAAUUUCAGUUCAUGCAAUGCACACCAGAUUGCACAGUUCUAAAAAUUAAGUUUAAAAACCAUCACACUACUUAAAUCAGUGUGGAGGCCAUGCGAUAUAACACAAUUUUCGUAUCAACACUGUUUAAUCUACACUUACCACUUUAUAAUCUGUUUACUAGUUUGAUUGGUUUUAAAUAUGCAUAAAACCACAUACAUGAUUGUAGUUCUUUUAGGUUUAUAACGAAAACAUUUUGUUUUUAGUAGCAAUUCUCAUGUUCUCAUCAGUUGCUUACUGUUUGGGCUUUGGUUGGGAUUAUGGGGAACUUUGAGGGUUAAAUAUGGUUUGGUGUUAUGUUUACUCCCGUUUUAUGUUUUUCCACACACCACUAAGGCUCUGGAUUAUAUUUGCUCUAAAUUUCAUUUUAGGGAAACUAAAAGAAAUGAAAAGAUGUUGAAAGACAUGUUAAGUCAAGUUAAGCUGAUUUUUGUCCAGUUUACCAACCUGCAUCAUUAUGUUUAGGGUAUUUUUUAUUGUCUUCAGCUCCAGCAGUAUUGUCUUUUUUUUUUUUUUUUUAAAACCUGUGAUUGCAAAUGCAAAGUAUUAUUUGGCUGCAUCAAUCUAAGAAAUGAUGAUCUGCAUUUGCUUAAAAAUAAAUGGCAUAUUUCACUGCACACGUAAAGAUA